UGCCACAGAAUACUUAAACACAUUUGAAGCUCUGUAACGUCUAGACAGUGGAACCUGGACCUGUUGAAUCCUAGCGAGUGGACAGUGAGCGAGUGGAUGUGAGGGUGGUGAUACGGUUACUCCAGCGUCUCCGAGACAUGACCAUGGCCGCGCGGCGGUUGUCGGCCUGCGUGCCUCAGGAAACCCUCGGCCGACGGGCCUCGCCCACCGCCUACGACCUUGCCACGCAGAUUUGUCACAUCAACUCUACAUUUCCUUCUCCACACGCUGAAGGAAAUGGCUCGUCCGUGCAAUGCGGGAUAUCCUACAAACAUGUGCCCUCUCCGACGCCUUUCAUCUUUCCACCUCUCAACGUUGCUCGUCGUCUGUCCGGCGAGGAGCAACAAGGACGGUUGUUUCCCAGUCACCUUUCCGGCAGGAGGCGAUCCUUUGAUGUGACAUGGAUCUCAGCCCAGAAAGUCUCUACGGACAGGCGCCGCAGCUCCCUCAGGCAUGACGACCAAGUGUUGCCUUUCAGACACCCCAUAAACGUGGCAGCCUCUGUUACUAGUAAAGUGAUAAACAUUUCAAAUAGGUCACCUUUAUGGCGGGCAGAACAGAGAAAUCAGUCAUCAGAGCUGGUUAUUCCAAGAGAGAAACAGUACCUUGCUUCCACGUCUCCGGGACAAUGCUUCUUUGGUUCGGCGUGGCAGUUGAACGAGGAACAAGAUGACGAAGACUCGGACAUCACCUCUGAACCCGCAACACAGCAUCUGAAUCUCCUCUCCCCGUAUCCUUCCAGACAGCGGCGGCAGUCAUGGGGUCCCUCUGUGUUUUCUCCAUCGCCUGGCACUAUCAAGUCCCAGUUUCAGUCAACAUUUGCCACACACACGAGUCUGGCGUCAUCCCCGAGCCUGUUGUUCCUGCCACGUGUAGUGUCUCCCCUUCCAACAUUUGGUCUGAGAGCAGUGCCCAGUGAAGACUAUGAGCGAGUUACAGACAGAGGAGGCAAGAAAGACUCAUCAACGAGGACUAUGGGAGGAAGGCGCAUCAGUAACACGGUGCCAGAUGUCACCAUUAAUUUGGCAGGGCCCACAGGAUCUUCCAUUGAGCGUGUCAAAGGCCACAGUGAGGAACUUCAUCAGCCGACCAAUGAGUUUCCUUUAGCGUGUGGCGGGAUUUGGUGCGGCCGGCCUGUUGCUGCCCAGAUCCGCCGCGCCUCCUGGCAUACCACCAGCAGGACUUGUACUCCCACUGCCAACUAUAACAGGCGUCACCAACCAGCGUUCCAUCUCAGUCCGGGCAGCACCUUCACGACCUUGCUCCAUAACCCCUCGUGUCCCGGCAGUGUCCUUGGCAAAGGAGGCUUUGGCGUCGUGAAACUCGGGAGCUACAAAGGGCAAGGCGUGGCUGUCAAAGUGUUAAGGGGGCGGCGGGCAGCGGCCACCUUUACCAGGGAGGCCAAGGUGCUCUCCCUCGCGCCCCACGCUCACCUGGCCUGGACGCUAGCGGUGGUUACCCAGCUCGCCGAGGGCCGCGCCAGGGUGUCCUGGGCUCGGAUGUUUGGGAAGGAGGAAGAAGUGAUGAACCAGCAGAUGGUGACAUCCAUGUUCAGCCUUUCGGCUGAGGAUGCGCAUGGCACCUGUUGUGAUGAGCAGCAGCAGCAAGAUGAGAAUAGAGCGCCAUGGUGGGCGUGGAUAGUGAGUGAGCUGUGUCUGCCGCACUCACUGCUCACAGUUAUCAAUGACGCCUCGAUGAGCUUCACCAGCGAGAUGCGAGUCAGGUUCACUCUGGAGAUAUGUCGUGGUCUUGCACACCUUCAUGCCCACGGUGUCGCGCACAGAGACCUCAAGCCGGCCAAUGUGCUCCUUACUGUAGACGGUCACCUCAAGAUAGCGGAUUUCGGCUGUUGUGCCAGACUUGAUGAACUCAAUGAUGACGUUAUACUGGGGACGGUGAGAUAUCAGGCCCCGGAGGUGCUGCGGGGGGAGGCUGGAGGAAGCCACAGCGAUGUGUUCUCCCUGGGCGUGACCACCUGGCAUCUGCUGACCCGCACUCUGCCUUAUGAAGGUCUGCACCCCCACAUCGUCAUUUACCAGGUGGCGCACCUCGGACACCGUCCCACCGACCACCACCCACACACGGCCCCACGGGCCUUCCUCGACGCUGUUCUGUGGCGCUUCAUGCACACCUGUUGGAUCGAUGAUCCCACCGCCAGACCCACUGCCUCUGACCUGUGCAGGAAUCUAACAAUCUUACAUCUUGCUUCAACUCCCAUCAACUGUAGCGGAGUCUCCAACGGGAGAAUGUCCUGCGGCAAGCGUUCUCUUUUUGCCUCCUUACACCUGCCCCCGCCAUCACCGCUGCAGUGAAAUAGCUUCCUUCCGCAACCUACAUUUUCUGGGCUUCAAGCUUGUUGUUUAUAGGAUGGAACCAAUGCUUAUGGCUCACUGUAGUAGUUUGUUUGUUUUAUAAGUUAAAGCUCGGGAAUAUUUCUAUUCAGUAUUUAAAAUUUUUUAGUGUUUCUUCUAGGGCUUUAGCGUUGUUCUUAGUAUUGCGUUACGCUCAAGUAAACAUUGACAUAUUGUUCAAAGUUUAAAGGUUGUAAUAAUUUUAUUGUAUGUAGUUCGUAUGUUUCUCAUUUAUCUUAUAAAACGAAGAAAAGGCACUAACAAUGAAUCACAUUAUGUAAUGCUGCUUUAAUAUAUAUUUAUCUUCCUCGACAUAAAUUUUAAGUGAACGAUUUCUUUCUUGGUAAAAUUAGACGUUAUGUCACGGUGCCAUAAUUUUUCUACCAAUAAAAGUUUACUAUA